AUGUUCCUCUGUGACUGCAGGUUUCCUGCUCUCGAUGCUGUGCUGUCCACACUACAAAAGCAGGAAAUUGAAAUCGAUGACGAACUCACGCCCGAGGUGCGUAGCUCAUUCAUAUGCGAAUUUCACGAUUCCGUGAAUGUCCAGACCGAUUUCAGCGCCCAAGUCAGCUUUUUGCCGGAGCUCAUCAACACAUACGUGAAGAAACAGACGAAAGAGGAAAAGGCUGCUGAUAUGAAUCGUGAUUUUCGUCAGUAUGUUUGCGAGAGGUGGACUGUUGACCCAAAGAUUCGUUUCAUCGAUCGUUUCAAGUGGAACCCUCCUGUCAUUGAUGAAAUUUUGCGCAAAUUACAGAAAUAA